GACUCGCCGUCCCAAACUCUUUAUACCGCUUUAGUUCAGAGACAAGAACUCUUUCUGUUUUCAUGGAACACUAGACUGGAUUUGAACAAACUGGUUUCAGGUGUGUCACUGGGCUGAGACGGGUUCUGUGUUUCCUGAGCGGGUGACUUCCGGCGAGCAGCUGAGAUGGAAAUCUGAUCGGAGUCUGACCGGACUGUGAUUAGAAUCCGGUUUCUGGGAAAAACAAGCAGAAAAAGAACCCUUGUUGAUAUUGAGAAGUUUUAAAUCGUGUGCUGAGAUUCAGAAGCUGUGACUGAAGGGUGAAAGCGAAAGUGCCGAGCCAUGUCCGUGCUGUGGCUUUCCCUGUUCUUCCUACUGGCCGGAGUGUUUCUGUGUGCAGCAGCAGAUCUGAAGAAAUACGACUUGCAGAACAUCAUCUGCUCUCAGGGUCUGAAACGCUGCAAAGUCAUUAAGCAGAACUCUGUGGUUCAUCCACCUGAUUCCGGCCCACUGGAAGUUUUGGGUUUCGGUGUGGAGUCUGCUCUCUGCCGCGAAGGAACGCUGAUGUACAAAGCGUGCCUCCGGAUCCGAAUCCAACUCCGAAUCCAUGACGAUGUUAACGUUAGUGGAGAAACACCAGAAGACUCUGAAGAUGAUGAGCAUGAAGCUGCUCUAACACUGUGCUGCUCAUCUCCACCAAAUCUUCCGUCCUGCAAAACGAUCACGUUUAUCGUGAAAUCCAACGUGCAGAAGAACCAGGAGGUGGUGGUGGUGGUGCAUGACGACGUGUUCCUGGGCAGCUCUGUGACCGUCACAGUGAACAAGACGUCGCAGGUGGUUCACAUCCCACGCCAAAGCUCAGUGUGCCCUGCUCCUCUUAUCGAGGAAUGUAAAAGUCCCAACAUCUCCCACGAGAUCUCCAAGCACAGGGGUGUGGUGGAGCUGAAAGCCGAGACUAACAAGGGGCUGUCGCUGUGUAUGAAACGGAAGGGGAUGGCAAUGUGUUGGUCGAGCAACUGGACCAUCCCACUGCACGCCAUCACACACUGCAUGUGUUUCCAGGCUUGGAGUGAAAACACAGAAGAUGAAAAAUCCUGGUCUUCCCGGUCUCAAAUUUGUCCCUUUGAGAACAACGAAGAGAUCAGAAGGAACGCAGUGAAGAACCUGUCCCUCUCUGUGGGACGCAUCAAGACCAAUGAAGGUGCUGCAGCUUUGAGCUGGAACCUGAGCGCCCCCUGCAGGCUGGAGACCGAGGUGUGGCCCUGCCAGAUGGCCGUGUCUGUGGGCGGAGACUGCAGUGAGGUGCCCGGGUUCAGACAGAUCAUCAGUACGGGCUGGGAAGAGAACAUCAGCAUGGUGUGGACGUCAGGUGUGUUUCAGGACGUUCAAGCGACAAACAACCUGCCGGUGUGUGUGAUGUUUAAGGUUGACGGAGAAAUGUUCGGCCCUUUGUGUGAGCGUGACGCCUACAGGGGGCGUUGGGUCAGCCUGGGGUUUGUGAUGCUGCUGGUGUUUGUCCUGCUUGCAUUCGGGGUGUUUGUGCUCAGAAGCAGGUUCAAAGAGUGGCUUUCUAACUCCAACCCAAGGGAUCUGUCUCGAGGCCUCCGUGGUGAAGUCCUGCUCGUACACUCGUCUGGUUCCGAUCUGUCUCUAUUAGACACCGUGUGCUGGUUUGCUACGUGGCUUUCUGAGCUCGGGUUCUCCGUCUCUCUGGAUCUGUGGAACCAGGUGGCGGUGAGCGCGAUCGGUCCGACCCCGUGGCUCCACUCACGGCUCCAGCACGUCCAAAAGCACGGUGGCAAAACCCUCCUGCUACUCUCGCACGACGCUGUGCUCCGAACCAAAGCCUGCUAUGAAACCUGGAGCAGUGUGCUGGACAGAGACGAUGGCAGGGUGAGCAGUACGUCCUGGCCGUGGAACUCUGAUGUCUUCAGUUCGGCUCUCAGCGCCCUUUUCUCUGCUCGCCUGCAGGGCGGCGCCACUGAGCACUUUGCUGUGGUGCAGCUGGAGUCAGAGGCGCUCGACAUGCCGGAGCUGUUUCAAGGCCUGAGGCUCUAUCAGCUGCCCUCAGGGUGUCGGCGCCUGCUCUCCGAUCUCCACACCAAGCACCCAGAAAACAUUGGAGCUCAGCUCAAGAGGUUCUUCUGGACCUGGAGAGCCUCAACCAGGCUGGAGAGGAGGCUGAGGAACUGUGAGAAAGAGCAGCGGUCACGCACCGAGUCCACGCUCACGCAGGUCGACGCGCUGAGCAUGGAGAUGGAGAUGGAAGAGGAGACACGCCCUCUAAAUAUUUAACUGAGACUCGCAUUUACCUCACGGGGCAGGGACGAAACUGACUGUCCUGAGCUCACAAAUGAAAUGAAGUCUGUCCAUGUGAAGGAAAAAAACAUGAAUGUGUCUGAUUUGUUCACAUCUGUGGUGAACUCCAUUCCAAAGUGAAGAUGUUUCUGUGUUGAGAUGUGAGGAGACGGUGUCGUGAAUGAGGAAUACACCGGGUCAGCGACUCGCUUCAUUCCAGAACAGAAGUGGAGCGGGUUUUGUGCCUGCUUCCUCAGCUUCUUCACUCCUGAGCGAGCAUGUCAUUCAAAAGUGAAUCUCAUAGGCAGUAUCAGCAUUUUAUCGGCACAGUUUUUCGAGCAGGAGCUCGUGUGUAGUCAUGGGGAUCGGUUCUGGACGAGGAUUGCAGGUUUCUGUGUCGACGCUCACUGCUCAAAAGAAGUCUGCGUGUAAAUAAUGAGCCUGGAGCCGCCAUGUGCCAUCAGUUCAGUCAGAGGACAGGAAAGUCGGAGAUCCUUUCUGAUCCGGUGUGGGUUUUUAACCCAUGAACAGCAGCACAACACAGAAAAAUGUAAUUGUUUACACUCGUUUUGACUCCACAGUAGGACCUCAAAUAUAUGUCAUAAUCAUAUAACUGAAAUCCUUCAGGAUACUUUUGGUUUGUUGAUAUCGGCUCUGUAAAAUCGCUGAACGCCUUCGUCUCUUUUUCCCACUCGACUCUGCUUGGGUCAGCUGAUUGUUGUGAUUUCUGCCCUUCCAUGCUGUGCAUGUUGCCAAAAGUUGAGUUGCUGUGUGCCCUCUGGUGGACAAACUACACAAUGACCAUGCUCAUCACGUGGCUGAAGGAUCCACCUUGUCUCUGUUUCUUUUUGUUUUAAUUGUCAUCUCUCGGUCGUUAUAAACUCCAACCUUCAUUUAAUCGCUCAUAUAUCAUCAGAUGAUAAUAUCAGCAUGCGGGUUUAUCAGUCAAUCGUAUUGGGAAAUACUCCAGCAACCUUUCCUCAAAAUAUUGUCAAAAUGUUGAUGUUUGCAUGCAGUGAGAAGCAGAAGAUGAGCUUUUGGAGCUUUAACCAAAAAUUAAAUUGGAGUUUAAGGAUAAAUAUGUCUUGAAUCUAAACCGAGCGAAUACCAAAUCUUUCAUUUGCCAGAAUAUUUUAAGAUUUAUCUCCAUGUUGGCUGAAGCUUUAACCCUAUAUCCAUCACCUCAAUGACACGGGUGUGGUCAGGAUGAUGAAAUCUUGGGGUUUUGAAAACAUUUAUUCAAUCCAUGGUAUUGGGCUGCAUUUAACAUCUGACUUUAAUGAUACUUUUAUUUAAUAUCCAGAAUAAAUUCCUGGCGACUUGUCCAGGGUGUACCCUGCCUUUCGCCCAUAGUCAGCUGGGAUAGGCUCCAGCUUGCCUGCGACCCUGUAGAACAGGAUAAAGCGGCUACAGAUGAUGAGAUGAGAUGAUUUGGUUGAAAAUCUGGGCGUCAGUUCGGCUGUUCCAAAUCCGUUUGGAGUUAUUUAAGCAUUUUUUUAAAAACAAAUCACAACAUCUGGAUAUCUACGUCACACAAUUUUUCAUCAUAUCAAUAUCAUCUCGUCACGUUGCCCCGCCCUGUCCUGCAGUUUAAAUACAGCCCUCACUUGAGUUGAAGUUAUUGAGAAAUCAAAGCACCAUGUUCCAGUUAUCAGUCACGUGAUAUCCUGUGAACACCAACGUACAUGAUAUCGUUAUUAUGAACCUUUAAAAACCUCAUGUGCUUUUUGAGAGGCUGCUUAUUUUUGAACAAAUUUGAAAAUUGUAAAAUUAAACACACACUUUUCCCUGAAGUUUGUGGAUCAGCCGAGACAUGUUCAGUGUGUGGUGUUUGCUUCUUCUGGAGCUCGGGGAACGGAAAAUCACUUUUUGGUGCCAAAUGAUUCAGAACAUAUCGACGAGUCCCACACUCAGACACGUCCAGUUUGACCUCAGCGGUUUGGUGUCGGGGUUCAGAGCCAACGAUGAUGGACUCCAACCUUUAGCAGUAAACACCGGCGUGCUCUGAGCUCUGUGCUUUUAUUUGUUUUGUUGAAAGAAAAUACGAUAUAAAAUGCACUUAGUCCUGGAAAUGAAGUCUGAUUAAAGUGUGCUGAGACUGCAAAGUCAAGUGACAUCAUAAAACUGUUUUCUGUGGCUCUGAAUCUCAGCCUCGUGCAGUUUCAGUCUUGAAUCCACAGAGAAAUCUGAACGAUGUGCAUUUAUUCAGAGUAUUUUUUUAAUAUUUUAUAUAUAAUGUCCAUGUGUAUAUUCAUAUUCAGUGACUGUGCAGAUGAUUUAAUCUAUCUGUGCAUGCAUCGAACUGCACACACAACUUUUUAAUCUGCUUUUUAAUCUGAAUGUGUGUGCAAUGUAUCUGUGUAUCACCUGCUGGUGUCUGAGUAAAAAUCCUGCCUGAUCUGAAAAGUGUUCAGUUUUCUCAUGUUUACUUCCUGUUUAUUUAAUAAAUGCAGAAUUGGCUAAAGACAUGAGUGUGAAAUUUCCCCGUCUGUGGUAUUGUGUUCGUUUGUAAAAGAGAUAACAGGCAGAUAUUGGACAAUGAGAUGGUGCAAAAGUUUCCAUCCUCAAAAUUUCUGAUUUAAAAUAAAAAGUGCACCUCUCUUCUACAGACAGUGUGUCAACAAAUGGAAAAGUGUAAGCUGGAAAAUUAAAAUAAUACUAAAUACAUAAAAUAAGUUGAAAAAAAAGAAAGGAGUUGAGAUGAUCUGCUUUUCCUCCUGAACUGAUCCGAAGAAUCCAGACCAAGAAGUCUGGGCAGAAAGUUAUAAACCUGCAAAACUGGUCAUUUUUGGUUUUCCUGCUGAUGAUACCCAGGAUGACGGGACACUUUAUCGCCUGUAUUCUGUUAUUUGUAGUCAAUAAAUGAACAUCUGUGUAACCCACACACACAGUGA